AUGGCUGACUCUCUCAAUCCACCGCUCUCCUACGAGGCUUCGGCCAGUACAACUCAUCAGCAUGAAGCUACCUCUCUGCCAUCAGAGGUUGUCCAAUGCCUGAAGAACUCUCGUUUCCUCCAUCUGGCCACAUGUGAUAAUGAUCUUACUCCCCAUAUCUCCCUUAUGUCCUACACCUACCUUCCCUCGACCCCCUACGAUCCGUACCCCACCAUCAUCAUGACCACGAACCCCACAUCGCGCAAAACCAACCACCUACUUUCCAACCCGCGUGUAUCGCUCUUGGUCCACGACUGGGUCUCUCAUCGCCCACCAACCCGGACUCCGAACCCUGGUGGACGUGAUGGGUCUCCCCCGCCUGCUGCCAGCCGGUCAUCGUUGGCCACCAUGUUGCUCAAUCUGAACACUAGUGCUCUUUCCAGUAUCUCCACUACUAUUACCGGUAACGCACGGUUCCUGGAGCCCGGUUCGGAGGAAGAAGAUUGGUGUAAGGAACGGCAUCUCGAGAACAAUACCUUUGACGAGGAAGAGAUCAGUAUGUUUGGUCAACGACAGCCCCAGGACCCAAGUCAGCGUCGGCCUAGCCUGGCUAUUGACGAUGAUGUUCGCGUAGUCAUUGUACAAGUUCGUGAGGGUCGCAUUGCAGACUGGAAGGGUGGAGUUCGGGACUGGGUCUUGCUUCCUACGUCAGAGCAGGAGCAGCUAGUCAACGGGGUGUAG